CUUCUCUCUAAACCUGGCACUUGCUUUCAGUCUUCACAAGAAAUCAAAUAUUCAAGCACACGAGCCACUAUGAAUCACGAUAUUCCGCAAGGACGAAGAUCCAUCAUAGAAAAUGAACCACUAUUCGCGCCUGGAUCACCUACAGGUGAUAGAGUCUCCUUCUAUCGAAACCAUAUCGUCUAUUUGCGACAUGUACUUCGCCAGUCUUCUGUCAACAACGCUGCCUUCCAGCAGCUGGAAGCCGAUCACAACACCCAGCAUAGGACCUUGCAAGAUCUCACUGCGGCUAAUAAUUUCCACAAGCAGAGGCUUGAGGAAGAAUGCUCAGACCACGCUUAUACAAAGCACUGUUUGGAUUUGGAGAGGAGAGACAAACAAAGACUGGUAGCAUCAAUUGCAUUACAGCAAGAGAGUAUGCUCAGAUUGAAAGCUGCGCAUGAAGAGAUUGAAAGGAUGCUAGACAUUGAAAAGCGACAGUGUCAUGAUCUGACAUUAGAGCUUGAUCGGACACAAAGAAAGUUUCAUCUGAUAGAUUCUAUCGUCGAUACCAUGCUCCUGGAAGAGGACAGCAUGCUUGUGAAGGGAGAUCGCUCACGGCAGAUAACGGAUGUUAUACUCGACCUUGAAGAUCAGAUGGAAGCAAAGUACAGAAAAAUCAUCGAAGAGCAGGACAAGCGUAUCGCAACAUUGAAAUCUGCAUAG